AGGAGGUCGCAAUUCGCGUGGAGAUCAAAAGAUGCCACUCAACACUGCUGAAGCCCUGUCUCUCGUGUCCCAAAUAUGUGAGGAAGAGAAGCUGCGAGUUGCCAUGAAGGAAAGUAUGAAAGGGGGAUUCAUUGCUGGAGGAACGACCAUGCUGGGGGGUCUGCUAGGUGGCCCCAUAGGGCUUGCUGUGGGUGGAACUGUGGGAGGGCUUACAGCUGCCUAUCUCUCCCAGGGGAAGUUCAAGAGUGUAGCAAGCAUCAUCAGAAAUGACCUGACACCAAUGCAGAGGGAGCAUCUUGCAAAUUCUGUUAGGAUGUUCCUGAGAAACCGAUCUAUUGGGGAUCUCACUCAGGCAUCGAGGAUAUUGCUGAGUCCAUCUCUCAAGUUGAUCCUCAUCCAGACUGUCAUACAGUUUUUGAUUGCUGCCAUAGGGAUUAUUUUCCAGUGGAACCGUGAAAGACAUUAUAGACCGGCAAGUCCUGAUCGCCUAGACUCAGCCUCUAGGAUGUAGGCUUAAAGUUGUUGAAUGAUGAAAAAUAAUGGAAAAUUAUCCAGUAUUGAUAUUUAUUUAGAGGAUUGUCAUAUAGAGUGAUACUUAUGGGAAUAAAGGAUUGCAGAAUACAGAAAAAAAUCAAUGUAAUUUGAAUAAAGAAAGCAAUUUUGCAUAGGGUAGAAAUGAUACAGAGCAAAGGAAGGGAAAAAGGAUGCUGGGUAUGGAGUUGCUACCCAGUAACAUUAUGGUAUGACUUUACUAUUUUUAAUGCAAGUUAUGGAAUAUUAUGAUGGAAUUCAAUAGUAAAUCAUACUGUAAAAAAAAAGGUAAUUCAUCAACUAGGAUUACAAGAGGACAGUGUUACUGUAAUUGGCAAAAAGAAUGAAAGGCUAUUUUCCAUCAGUAGUCUCCUUCCUUGUCUCUGCCAUCUUGCACUCAUUUGGAGUGCAAUUUUGAAAAUCCACCUCAAGCUUAUAAUAGAAACAACAGCAUUACCAACAUUUUAGUCGGAAUCACAUUUUAUUCCAUAUUUGUGAAUAUCUGACUAGAACUCAUGGGUUGCAAUGUGUUUUGUAGGUUAGCAAUAUCAUGUUUAUAUAUUUCUCCACAGAGUCCCUUGUUACACUGAGGAUUGUUUUAGAAAUGAAAGUGAGUUCUCCGUGAAACAUAUAAUAAGAGACUACCAUGAAAUGUCUUGUUUGUUAAUUGCUGUGUCUAGAAUUUUAGACUAGAAACCUAAUGAUGAAACUGGUCGUGCAAUAAAGUUGUGUUUUUCUUGUCAGCUGAAAGUUUAAAGAUAAUGGAAUAGUUAAGCUUGUUAGAAGUAAGCUUUAUUUUUCAGAGGGACUUUUCUAGUGGGAAAGUCUUGAACUUAUAUAUUGACAGAUUUUUGUAACUCAUCUACUAUUUUCAAUAAUUGAUUUAUUGUCCUCUCUAUUGUACCUUCAUUGAUAUUCUCAGAAUAAUAUAAGAGUUACAUCACAAUGACUGCUUGCUAUAGGAAAGUUGGAGUAUGUUUAAUUCAGUGCCUCUGGGACAUUUGGGGAGGCUGACUGGGCUUGCCUCCAUAGCCUGUUUCAGAUGUGUCUGGUGUGCCGCCCUUGCUGUGCUGUACCAACAAAGUGAUAUGAUUUCUGUUUAUAUCACUUGUAUCUAAAACAUGUAUCUUCAAAGAGUAGUAGCCUGAUUAUGUACAUUGGAUUUCAUUUCAGUAGAUUCAGUGUGUUUCCCUUUGAGUACAAAGUGGAAUGGCAUGUAACUGAAGGGUGAAAAAAAAAAUCCCUCAUUUUUGCUAAUCUUAUGUUUACAGAAUAAGAGAUUUUAUGCAGUUAUAUACAAAGCUGCUAUUCCUGCAGCUUCAUUGCUUUUAUUUUGUUUGUUAUACUUUAAGAGUCAAGCUGGCAGACCGCUAGGCCUAUAUGACAGUCAGAGUAGUUGACAAGAAGAGACUGAUUAUAUAAACUACUGUGAAAGUUACAGGUUCACAGUAGCAGCAAAAAAAUGCAGUGUUUUGAUAUGUGACAUCUUCCAGGCAUAGCAGGCAAAUGAUUUAUAUGCUAAAUAUUGCCCUUUAUACAAAACAAUAGCCAGACAGAGAAUAUAAUGUUCCAUUCUCUCUCAGGCAUUGGCCUAGAGCAUGUGACAUGCAGGUAUAAGGGUAGUUUAUAAAGAACAACUUAAGAUGUAAUGCUUGUAUCAUAGUAACAUGAUCUGACCUAUCACCUGGAGCCAUGUCCAAGAUAUCUGUGUCAUGAAUGACCCUUCAAUUGAAACCGUAACCAAGUAGCCAUGACAUAAACCCCAUGUUGUCUUGGAGGCUAAGGAUUAAGAAUUAAGAGAUGAAAUGAGCCUCGUUAUGCAUUAGCACUAAUCAUGAAAACACUCUACAACAUAGAUAUGUAUGGAAUACAGAUGACCCCUGUGGAAUGAUGUUUCUCUGUGAUUCUGAAAAUUUCAUUGGAGAGUGAAAAUGGGGAUUGAAAUCUUAGCAUGGGUAAAAAGUAAUGAUAAGGGAAGUAUUGCUAUUUAAAGUGAUAUAUAAAUGCAAUAUAUAUUGUUUACAGGUUUCUGGUUAUUUUAUUACUUUUAAACUUGAAUUAUGUGAAAUACUUCUAGUUGUUGUGCCUUAAUGAAAUUAAGAUUGCAUAGUUUAGUGCAUGUAUAGCUUUUAAUUUUUACUUGCUUAUAUAGUAAUUUGCACAGCCCACAUUUUGAUGAGAAAUUGUUAACGGCAGACAUUAACCCCUUGGUGCCGGAUGACGCCGAUCGGCGUGUACACAAAGAAAGCUGGCGUGCAGCCGAAUGAGCCGGCGGUGCGCCAAAGCGCAGUGAGCCAGUGAUUCGGGCUGAUGUCCCCUACUCACGCGCUCAAAGUCAGCGCGCCGCCUUUGUUUGUUUAAGCGUAGAGUUUUUUUUUUCUUUUGUACACCCGGCGCUAUUGGGUUAAUAAAUUCUAUUUAAUAGUCUGAAUAAUUUUUGUUUGUUUUUCUUUGAUGUUAAAUGUAUUUGUUGCUAUUAACAUAUUUCAUGUCAUUCAUUUUCCUCUUUCUUUCUCAAUAACAAAAUUAUAUUAGAUUUUUCUGAAAAAUCAGGUGCUAUAACAACUUUCUAUAUUCUACAGAAUAUACUGUUCCUUGUUAUAAAAAGGCAUGUAAUAUAAGAAUAUGAAAGAUGGACAUCAAAGACUUAACACACUAGAUUUUGAAAGAGAAUCAGUGAUGUAUAUGUCUUGCUGCAGCUAAGAAAACAGAAGUGAUUAUUUUCCUCUCCAUAGGAAAGAAUUACCCAUAAAAUAUUUUUUAUCA